GUGAAACACACGACACCUUUGGUCGAAGAAGACACGCUGCUGCACGUGUGCUCACAUUGCGUCUGUCCGCUGAAGAAGAGGGAGACACAGAGGGACAGAGGAGACAACAAAGUUUGAUUUAACGACUCAAACCUGAAAACAUGAGACCAGGUACUGUAGAAAUAUUCUUUUCGUCUUUUUAUUUGAUCUUGAAUUGUGUUUUGCGUUACCCGCCUGCUGUCUGUUUAAACAUUAAAAGUGUUUUGGUGUGUCGGCCUACUUCGCCAUGCUGCACACUGAACCUCGUGGUAAACUCGCAUUUUAAAAGAAAACGCGGUCUAAUAACGCAUUUUACACGCAUGCUCUUGAAAAUUAUUAUGUUGAACACAUUAUUAGUGUUGAGUCGGUGUUGUAGUGAUGCUAGCUGUUAGCUUACCAUUCAGUAGCACGCGGUGCGCACAACACACACGUGGUACCUGAUCACUCCACAGACCGCGAGUCUAACAGGAAAACGGAUAACACGUCUCUUUACUUACAUUACCUCUUAUCUAAUUAAACUUCCAAAGAUUCCCAGAAACACUCAGGAGAGGGUUACGUUAGCUCUGUUUUCCUGCCACGAGGCUAAUGCUGGGAAAACUAUACGAGCUUGUGUUAGCAUUGAGGUUAGUCGGGUGUUACGAUUAAGUAUGUUCUCCUCGACUAUAAAUCAAAACCAGGUUUACAUAGAAAUAUCAAUAAUCAGUGUCAGCAGUGCAACCCAUGAGCCGAGGUGACAGUAUAUUGCUCCAGCGAUUCUUCAUCCCAUCACCAGCAGUUUUGACUUCAAACAUUUUAAUAUGGCUUGGCCUGUAAAUAACGUGUUGGACAAUAUAAUUGUGCAUCACAGAAGGGAAAGAGGACAAAGUAAAGUGAACAAAAUAAUGUAAAAGUUUAAGAAAAGUCGUCUAAUGAAGGUGUACCUGAUCUAAUAUCAUAGUUAUGCGAAUAUAAAAAGUCUACACACCCCUGUUCAGCUGCCAGGUUUUUGUCAUGUAAAAAAAAUUAAAUCUAGAUAAAUAAUUUCACAACUUCUUCCACCUUUUAAUGUGACCUAUAACCUGAACAACACAAUUGAAAAACAAACACAAAUCUUUCAGGGAGGUGAAGUAAAAAUAAACAACUGAGAUCAUGUGGUUGAAUAGUGUGCACACCCUUUAAUAACUGGGGAUGAGGCUGUGUUCAGAUUUAACCAAUAACACUCAAACUCAGGUUAAAUUGGAGUCAGCACACACCUGUCACCAAUUAAAGUGCCUCUGAUCAACCCCAAAUAAAGUUCAGAUGUUCUAGUAGGCUUUUCCUGGCAUUUUUGGCACUUUCUGGGCGCCAUUGCAAAAGGUAUAUUUGGCGCAAAAUUAACACUGCUCAUCACCAAAAGAACACCAUACCCACAGUGAAGUAUGGUCGUGGCAGCAUCAUGCUUUGGGGCUGUUUUUCUUCAGCUGGAACCGGUGCCUUAGUCAGGGUGGAGGGAAUUAUGAACAGUUCGAAAUACCAGUCAGUGUUGGCACAAAACCUUUGGCCUUCUGCUAGAAAGCUGAAGACGAAUCUUUCAUCUUUCAGCAUGACAGUGACCCAAAGCAUACAUCUAAAUCAACAAAAGAAUGGCUUCACCGGAAUAAGAUUGAUACUUUGUAAUGGCCCAGCUAGAGUCCAGACCUGAAUCCCAUCAAACAUUUGUGGGGCGAUCUGAAGAGGGCUGUGCAUAGGAGAUGCCCUCGCAAUCUGUCGGAUUUGGAGCGGUUUUGCAAAGAAAAGUGGGCAAAUAUUGCCACAUCAAGAUGUGCCACGCUGAUAGACUCCUACCCAAAAAGACUGAGUGCUGUAAUAUUAAUUCGUUUAAGAGUGUGCAUGUUUAUGCAACCAGGUUAUUUUAACUGUUCUAUUUUUUAUUUUUCCCCUUAAUGUUUCUGUUUGUUUUUCAAUUGCAUUGUACAGGUUUUAUAUAUUGAAAGAGAACUCUCCACCUCGUAAGAGUCAAAUGCACUACAUUUCUAAAGCUGUUGAUGUUGAAAAUAUUGCUUUUCGUUGCAAUCAUUUCUAUCUUUGGCAUGCUGAUAGUCAGCAGGUGUUUUGAUACUUGAUAGUGGAUAAUGUUUAGUGGAUGGAGGGUUGUGCAUACAGUUAUUCCUCCUCCUGCUAGCUUGGAUAGUCACCUAAAUACUUUGUCUGGGAGAUAAGAAACCUUUCAUCCCACAGGGGAGAAAUUUGCAAGUAAUUCAGUAAGUUUAUUCACUCAUUCUUACAAACAGAAGAGAACUGUUUCCUUGCAGUUUUUAUUGUGCAGUCUUGACAGAAGCCAUGCAGGGGUAUGUCCACACGUAGUGACAAGUUUGGCACAACCAGAGUAGUGACGGACACGGUGGCCAUGGUAUAUGUGUACACUUCACCAGUAGCAGCUCAGAUCAACAAGAAAGUUUGGGAGCACCAGGAAGUUACUGCUCCACUAAGAUUAACGGAGGACCCCUGUAUCUACAACACACUAAGCAACAGCUUUAAGGGCCAUGAGCCCUACCAUCAAACGUGACGAAUAAGAAAUAAUGAAAACCUACAGUGAAAUGAUUAUGCAGCUCCAUAACUCAGUGUCAGCAGGUUGGCAUUCACAUGCUGUUACUCUGCACCUGAUCAAAUAAAUGAUUAUUUAGAGUCGCUGUUUUAAAACCACUUGAAUUAUGUGCAUUGAGGAGAGAACCCAAAUGCAUGGAUCACCUUUAUGUGAAAUUGUGAUCUCUGCUGCCCCCUGCUGUUAGUUUAAAAGACCCUCUGCUAGUUUUUUUUUUGCCAAACUCACAUUUCCAUUGUUAGCUGACCUGGUGCUUCUGUUUUUGUGUUACAGGGUUUAGUCCUCGUGGAGACCGAGGAGGAAGAGGUGGAGGAUUCAGAGGAAGAGGAGGAGGAGGAUUUGGUGACAGGGGUCGAGGAGGAUUCAGAGGAGGAAGAGGUGAGAACUGAGGUGGUGAUUGAUACAUGCUUAAAUAUCAUCAGUAUCACCGAUUUUUCUCACCCAAAAUAAAAUUUGAAAUUUUGCAGGAGGAGGGUUUAAAUCUCCUGAUGGGGGAGGAUUUCGGGGCCGGGGAGGCGGCAGAGGCGCCCCUAGAGGAAGAGGAGGGCCGAGGGGAGGACGAGGAGGCUUCGGAGCAGGGAGAAAGGUCCUGGUGGAGCCACACAGACAUGAAGGUGUUCAUUAGCAUUUACUGGUUUCUUUUGGGAGUUUCUGUUUCAGUGGAGGUAAUACUAAUGCAGACGUGUGUGUGUGUGUGUGUGUUUUUAAGGUGUGUUUAUCUGCAGAGGGAAGGAGGAUGCUCUGGUGACAAAGAACAUGGUGGUGGGAGAGUCAGUGUAUGGAGAAAAGAGGAUGAGUGUGGAGGUAAGAGGCUCCACUAUUCCACAUUUAUACUGUUAUAACUUUUAGUUUAAAUGAAAAAGUGUCUGUGCUAGUCUCUGGAUAAAUUUUAUUGCAUUGCCUGCAACCUGGCAGUGAAUCCUACUUAGUAUUUGCUACUUUGUUAUCACUUUAAUUCACCCAAACUCGCAGAAAUAUUUUAAGAUUAAAAGAACUUUAUUUAUCCCAGAAGGGAAAUUCAGUUAGGAGGCUGGUAAGAAAUGUGCAGGAAGAGUCAAGAUGGGUAUGAGUCACUUAGCUCAUCCUGAAAAUUUUUCAAGAGUUAAGUGUCUUCACAAAAACAGCUCAAGACUCCCGAUUAGAAAAGUUAGAAAAAAUAAUUAACUGUAAAUCCUCAAAUAAAGGCCAGGUCUUGGAUUUGCUUUUACUUCCUCAGGUACCAGGCCUUUAUGAGAGACAGGCUUUUAUAUCAAAUCCUCUCUGAGAAUUAUAACUGUUUAUAUUUACUCAAACUGAGGAUCUCAAUUUACUAACUCCAACCAAAAAGACAUGACAUUAUUGACAAAGCAACAAAGAGGUUAAUGCUGCUGUGCAACAGGCAUGUUAGCAUCAAUAUAAAUGGUUGUGUUUAGACUGUGAGGUGUUCAGGGUUAGGUCAGUAAAACACAAACGAGGCAAAAGUGAAUAUGUUAUCAUGAUGUGCUGGAAUGUCAAGUACAUAAGAAAGCUUGUAGUAAAAAAAUCUAAAUUCAUAAAAUAGUUUGGAGGAAAACAAUAAAAGUGAAGACUUGAUAGCUGUAAUGAUAAGGAGUCAGAUCAUUAGAGUUUCAAUAGUGGUGUUAGUAUCAAUGAAAAUGAACAAUCCUUGUCCGGAGUCCUGACUUUGUUCAAUGACCUUUUUUCUUUCUCUGUCAUCAGGAGGGAGAAACAAAGACUGAAUACAGAGCCUGGAAUCCGUUCAGGUCGAAACUUGCUGCAGCCAUUCUGGGAGGAAUCGACCAGAUCCACAUCAAGCCAGGGGCAAAGGUCAUGUACCUGGGAGCUGCUUCAGGAACCACAGUGUCCCAUGUGUCGGACAUCGUUGGACCAGUCAGUACUGCACACACUCACUGCUCCCUAAAGGGUUAAACAGUCUUGAUUCAGUGGUAGAAGUUUGAGAAAGUGUGGCCUCUAAAACCCAUUUAUUGUUAGGAAAGGUUACAUUUGAAAGCCAACCAUGAGCAUAAAAUCCCAGUAAUUUCCUUGUAUAAUUUAACUUAUACAUACUCCAGGUGUCUUGCCCAAGGACACUUUAACAUGUGGACAGCACAACCUCCAACAUUUUAGGUUGAGAGAUGACUGACUACCAACUGAGCCACAGCUGCCCCUUAGAUGUCAGUAAUGAGAGAGAAUUGAUACAGUAUUUUAAAAAAUGUAAAAUCUCAAUACAAAUAUGUUCAGCACAUUACAAAUAAGUAGCCACUCAAAAAACUGAUGUAUUAAAGUUGGUUUGCUUUUUAAGCGAUACAUCCAAAGUGAAUGCCAAGACAUGAUUGUCCACUUUUUUCUUUAAUCUUCCAAAUUUGGCUGAGCCAUUAAUAACAAAUGUGAAAACACAUGAACAUACACAUUUUUUUUCUUCACUUUACACAGACUUCAAAUAAUUUAGACCUCAAAAGCUGUUAAAGUUUUCAGGUUUGUUAUGCAAGGCCUGACUUUUUGUACUGCAGAGAACAGUAAAGCUGAACCUGAGUGAGCUCUCAUAAGGUAACGCAGUAACCUCUGUGUGUGUGUGUUACAGGAGGGGCUGGUCUAUGCCGUGGAGUUUUCUCAUCGGUCAGGUCGUGAUCUCCUCAACGUGGCCAAGAAACGCACAAACAUCAUCCCCAUCAUCGAAGAUGCACGACACCCUCACAAAUACCGCAUGCUGGUUGGUAAGUAGUCCGCAGAGUCAAGGGGGUUCAGGUGUUUGUUUGAUACCUGUCUGAUCUAAACACCUGAAAAUAAUUCCGUUAAUUAAUAUUUGAGGAGUAUAUCAUAUACACUGACUGAUUCGUGAUCUGUGUGUCUAACCCCUCAGGUAUGGUGGAUGUGAUCUUUGCUGAUGUGGCUCAGCCUGAUCAGACCAGAAUCGUAGCUCUGAAUGCUCACAACUUCCUCAAGAACGGUGGACACUUUGUCAUCUCCAUUAAGGUACCACCAAAACCCAACCCUAGACCACACCUGUAAGCUUUUCCUUACUUCACCUGUAGUCCAACAGCCUCUGUGUUUUACCUUUGUCUGCCUUAAGGCUAACUGCAUAGACUCGACGGCAGCUCCUGAGGCAGUGUUUGCGUCAGAGGUGAAGAAGAUGAGUGCUGAGAACAUGAAGCCCCAGGAGCAGCUCACACUGGAGCCGUACGAGAGAGACCACGCCGUAGUGGUCGGGAUCUACAGGUACACACAUGCAGUAUAAUCUGAUACGAACUUCUUUUUUCCAGUGACACACAUGAACUGCUGCUUAUCCAGGAGCAAGUGGGCAUGUCAGGCUGGUAUCACAUCAGACCAGUUUAGGCCAGAUAUAGAUCCUGAUUUGACAACCCAGUGAUAGGGGGGUACAGACUGAUUCAGGGCACAUUGACUAUUUUCUGAUUCUGACCAAGUCAGAACCGAACAGUUUCUGGUUGAUUUGAUGGAAUAUCUACAGCAACAGAUGAGAUGAGCAACUGGGACGCUUCACCAAGCAGGUCCAAAACCUACAACCAUGACGGCAAACAUAAACCUAUCUGGCCUUGCAGGACUUAUUUAUCUGUAAGGGAGGAAAGAUGGUUUAAUUGAUUCAUGGAAUCUAUCGAGUAGUGAUAGUCAUUACAAUAAAAUUUAUGAUUUUCUUUCAUGAAACAUCUUAGUCCUUCUUGCUGCCAGUUAAUCUUCAGCCUCUCACGCUACAGCUCUGGAUCAGACUUUCGCCAAUCUUUCACUUGAGCACUUAAACACUGCAUCCCGAAAAGUUGUAAUUUAGAUGUCCCAGCGUGCCGUUAUGCAUCACAUUUUGUCCAUGUGAAAGUGGAGGAGGCAUGGCUUGUUAACACACAGCCGGAGCUCCCCGUACUCACACGCACACGUACACACAUUGUCUAAUGUGAGCUGGGUGUACUAUGCUAUUUACGGCAACUAUGUGCUCGUUUUACAUCAGCAGGUCUGCAGGUUUAUUUAUUUUUUAAGCUGAGAGUUAAAGCAAUUGAAAACGUCAUUUAGCAGACGCUUUUAUCCAAAGCCACGUUCAUUCGAGAGAACAACUGGGCAUGGUCAGAAGGGGAAAAGGGUGUCAGUGUUGAAGCCCAUUUCAAAAUAAAAACACAUUUUAGUGCUUGAACUAGUAUCAGCUUGUUUGGUUGCAGGGAAUAUGAAUCACUUUGUUCAAACUGUGGAGUGGAAGUCAUCUAAAGCUCCGGAAAUACUUGCAGUGUUUAAGUUUUUUUUGUUCUUGUUGUAAUGUAUGGUCAUGAGUUUAAUUAGUAUGUAAAGUGGAUUAGAUCCUGUAAAUUAAAUUGAUGUUUAAUCUCCUGGAAGCUUCUUAUUGAACUCCUCGGAGCUGAGGCACAGCAGGGAUCAAGAGUUUGGAGUUAGUGCAAACUUACGUCAGUUUAACUGGUCUCUUCACCCUCCGUACAUGUUGGAAUAAAGUUCCUGUAAAUGUGAGUUCUGCCUUCAGACUGCUCAAAACUUUAUCUUGUACUUAACUGUAUAGUUUUUAAGGCUUAACCCCAGCUUUUCCCCACCAUCAGUACGCAGUAAAAAUAAUGAGCGCUUUAAAGUCUACACUUCACCCGCUCACAGUCUGCAAGUUGCAAGAUGCCAGAAGUCUAUUGCUAUCAACCAAGAUCUGCAGAUUAUUUUACUCAACUUGAAGCAACAAAGUUAAUCAGAGCUUUGGUGAACUGCUUGGUGAUCAUCAAGGGGACAAUUCAGUUCUAUACAAUUUGAUGUACCCUUCGUUUCAACCAUAACCUGGAAUACUCCCUCAGAGCUCAGCUGAUCGCUCCGCGUCUUGAAAAUCAGAGCUCCGUUAUUGUCAAAUAAUGACGUCUCUGUUCUUCAUGCAUGCCCUAUGGAGUGAUCAGCUGCAAGGAACUUUCUCUGUUAAGCAUGAGCUGAUCAAAGAUCGUGAUUCUGUUAAAAUACAAAAGAUAAUUUCUCUUUUGCUUGAACUUUGUUGUUUUACAUGACAUAUAUUUGUAAUGAGUCUAAUAUUUAAGUAUAAUAUUUAUGCUUAAUAUUUAUAUUUGUAAUAAGUAAGACAGAAUAUCCACUUACCAGAUGGACUUCUGCACACAGCCCAAAACUGUGAUAGUGUGAACCCACAACUAUCCCCAAAACAAAUAAAAAGAGAUGAGAGUUUGUAGAUGUAAUCCAGCCUUACCAAAGUCCCUGUUUAGCUUGAUCCUAUUAUCACGUUCUUAUGCCUCUAAAAGUUAGCAGAGUUUAGUGUCAGACCUUUCCAGGACACCUUUCUUUGUUCUCAGCUGUACACUGUAGACUCCACCUUUCUCACCAGGAAAGGUUUUGGUUGUUAUUUCCAUAAGAACCCUGUAUUGCACUCAGAUCCAUGAUGACCACAAUUAGCCCUUUUCCACCAAGCUAGUUACAGUGCUAAUUCAGAGCCAUGCCUAAUUUGGGACCAGUUCUUUGUUUUUCCAUGACCAAAGUCCUGGCUCCGAGACAGAAAAACUGUUCCAGAGAGGCACCAACUCCUCGCUGGGCUACAAGAAAGAACCACUUACCUGAGAGUCUGGAGGCAGUGUUAUUUAGCCCCACCAAUUGUUUUGUUAUGGUUUAAAGUUUUAAAGACCCACUCUGAUGAAAAUCAUGUUUUUCAUGUUGCAUACAUGUUCAUAUGGCAUUUUUCUGAUGCUACAGGACAUAUGAGAAAACUAAGAGCAAAAUUGCAUUUUUGAGUAAAUCUACAUCCAAAUUGCUGUGAACUUCUCACAGACCCAAACUGCAGGUUCAGAUGCUGUGGGAUUUCCUACAUCACUACUGCAAGCUCUGCCCCCAUAGCCCCGCUCUGCAGGGCAGACUAUGAGAAGUAGGGAGGACGAUUGCAGAACAAGUGUGUACGGUAGCGAAUUGCAAUACUAGUAAGAAAGCUAAUUAUGAUAUUAACUUUCACCAUGCCCCCAAAGACAGUGUCCGAGAGCUGAACAGCUCCUAUGUUACCUGCCACUUCUGCUGCAUACUGUUAGGCUGUAAGCUAGGAUGAAGAGGAGGGUGCAGAGCAUUGAAACAUUGCAAGGAGUCAGUGAGUAAGCCUUUAAGCUUGACCUCCUUUAUUGCAUCUUUUCCUCAACUUGGUGUGACAGUGUGCUUGACUUCUCUUUCCUUGGAGCCACUUCAAUAGACUUUCUAAUUUUUUCAGGUCCAUUUACACUUCUUCAAACCUAAGAAACCAAGUAAUGAAUAUCUUUAGUUAAGUCCACUCAGAAAAAUAGAGCAGUAUACUUGUAGCACAUUCUGCAUCUCUGCAAAUGGUUGCAUUCACCAGAACCUCCUCUCUGACCUCUGGGUCGACCUUUGCAACAAAUGGUUGGUCUUUCUAUGACUUUGGCCAAUCUUCUGCUUUUUUCAGAAGGAUCUCUUGUCCCUUUUGAUCAUUGCUGGCUUUCCAUAGAGUCUUCUGCAGAUAGUCCUCUGGAAGCCUCACCAGCAGGAUUUACACUGAACAUUGUUGAGUUUAGCUUAUGAAAAAUGGAGCAAAAACUUCAGUGUUAUAUUUUUGUUCAGUGUAGCUUAGACCCUGUGUGCCUCCACUGAGAGAAUUCUGUGUCCUCAUGAAUGAUAUGUGUAAAUUUCUUUGCUUUCAACAUUCGAUAGCACUGUCAUACGAUCAGUACAAAAGACUGAUGGGUGUCAAUUCAAGCUGCAGUUCCUUUUGUAAACAUCUGGUCCACCCAUUCAGUUUGAGGAUGGGAGUGUGUUUCAGUGGGGAGGCUCUUGGUUUUCUGUUUUCCAUGAAUCCUGAGUUAACUUAAUUAGAAGUGUUCUCCAUCUUCAAGUAUGACACAGUCCCACACCUUAACUCACAUGUGUAAGAAAAGUGACAAGUGUGCACUCAAGAGUUGAUCCAUGCCCUUUGGCUUGAUUAAUUGGUUUACCUCAAGUUUUAACACAUGAUCCAGAUUUGAUAGCCAGUGUGACCUCUGCUAUGAGAGGGGUUGAGGUAUUUGGUCAUUUCAUCCCUCUUUCUUUUUGCAAAUCGGCAGCAUUAGUUUAGUGGAAAAGUGAAUGGUGAGGGGAAAAAAACAGAAGUCCAAGUCUUGUGUGAGGAGGCUCUUAAAUUGUUGUUUUGUAUUAUAAGAUAUCUGAAUGUGCACACCAUUGUAACCAGGAAGGGGGUGUUCCUAGGUGAGGAUUUGGCUCCUACAAGGUGCACCACAGGAAGCCCAGAAAGCCAUCAAGUUGUGGUGACACUUCAACUUGAUGGUGCAUUGCUGUGAUGUCUGCUGUUAGAGCCAAUGUUUUUGGUCGUAACCCUGUGAGAACAACAAACAGGGAGUAGGGUCCUGGUUCCAUCAGACCAUUGUUGCAAUUGAUUGUCCAGGGAAGUACCUUUUUGAAACUCGGGAUCUUCUUUUUGCGAUGAUACACCCUGUAAUGUGGUGAAUUCCAAACUCCAUCCAUCCAUUGCCAUGCACAUCCCUCAAAGUGACACAGGUGUAUUUUCUACAGCACUGUGGUCUUCCAGGUGAGGAAAGAGCUGUACUGCUUUAUCUAAGUGAAACAGCUCCAUCUGGUGGUCCUGUGGAGGGUCAAAUCUCCAUACAUACGUACAUACAUACAGUACAGUACAGCACAUCUGACCUGAGCGGAGUGACAUAAAGAUGGCCUGAGUCGAUCUGUGUUUCAUCAGCUGCUUCUCACACCUCAGCUGCUGGUGUUAAAAGUCAUGAUUUGGUGCAAAUUGGCACGACAUUACAAACCUGUUGUAGGUUUUCAUCUGCAGCUCAAAAUUGAUGUACAACGCUGUACAAUUUUAAUGAUCCCUCAGAUUUAAAAAUGUGGUUCCCUGAAUAUGAAGACAGUCUACAGUUCAGGUUUUUUUUUUUUUUUUACAAGACAUACACUCCUGUUAAAACAAAAUUCUGCAUUCCAACUCUACAAACAUUUGCCAACAUCUCCAAAAGAACUUGUCUAAUAACUAAGAUACAGAACACAAAUAGGAAAAUUCAAGUUUUAUGCUCUAAUUUCAUCAAGACAGGGAGGGUUUCCUUCAUGCAAUGUCAGUCUGUAUUUAUUAAACAUGGUUGAGACCACAUUGAGGAUUGUUGUUUUUACAACUCACCAGAUAACCUGACCUCUACACUCUUUCCUCCAGGAAAGCUCUUUGUCAAUAACUGUUUCCAUAGAAACAACAAAUAAACUUAUCAUACAGCUCAGGUAGUCGUGCAGUACAUCCCCCCAUUUCCAGUGGACUGACCCUCCAGUUUGUCAUCCCCAUGCUGAUUGGCUAUCUUGGCCCAGCUGAUUAGCAGGAGUCCAGGUGUUUUUUUUUUUUUUUAAACUUCAGGGCAUUAGUAAAUACAGCAAUCCAGUGUUGCACGCAUAGCAAAGUUGCAUCCCUUGCCUAUACCUCUUGCUCAAUUUAUGAAGCUGAACAAGAAUGUAUGUCAUCUUGCAUCUUCACUUUUACUUUGUGUGUUAUUAAGUUGGGAAAGUAUACUAAAUCCUGAUUUUAUCCCUCUAUAACUACCUUUUAAGAACUGAAAGAAUCACAAUCAGGACACUUGAAGACCAGUUUGAAGAGUUAUGGUGACAGGUUGACCCACAUAACCAGACCCCUCUGGACCCCACACCAAACAUGGUAUCUGCUCUGUUUCAUGUUAUUCCUUUUUUCUUUCUCUCCUUAGACCUCCACCCAAAGCAAAGAAUUGAGACUGUAGAGAUGCAGGGACACGGACAUCUAUCCACAGGCACCACCUUCUUUGUUGUCAGACUUCCACCACUGCACCCCCACCUGACCUACAGCUCAAAAAAUGCUGAAACUGUCUAUCUUACUGCAAAUCACUCAAAGAAGAUUUUUUCAAGUGCAUGGAGUUGCCAUACAGACUGGAUAAACCGUUCAACUUGGAGUGAAGUUUUCUUGGGUCAAUACUCUUAUUAUUUUGGUUCCUUUAACCAUCUGUGAUGUCAACUUGUUUUUUUUUUUUAAAUAGAAUGUGUUUUUCUGCCCUCCAGCUUUUAUACUUGUGCUCCUACUAUAGACAUGCCAAGUGUUCAAUCACCACACACCAGAUGGUAAGAAUAGUUAUAUAUGUGUUGGGGCUGAUGUACAGUUAAGAUACUUGGUUGAUUAUUGACUCAAGCCUAAGAUUUGGUGGUGAGCUGGGAAACCUUUACCCUGUUUAUCAAUGAUGUUUUCACUGACUAGUAGGAUCAUACUAGUAUUGUAACUUUUUGUGUUUUAUGAAGAAUUGUUGUAAUUUACAACAUUUUUUUAAGUUUGUUUUCUGACAAGAUGGACAGCUUUGUUUUAAUAAAAUGAUUAUUAUUGUUAGUUUA